UAUGUCACCCAAAGAGAUGCCACAUUUUGCCAGUUGACUGGCAUUUGGGCUGCACCUGUCACAGCUUUCUUUGUGGCAUUGAGAGCUCUACAUGGAUAAUCGCUUGAGCCCAGGAGUUCAAGGCUGCGGAAAGCUACCGCAGGAACAUUCUAGGCCGUUUUAAGAGGGCACAGGCAUAAGUGGGAAGUGAGGUAUAGAAGAUAGGUCAGGUGGGCUGACUUGCUGGAACAUUUUCAAGUGGGUAAAUUUUAUUCUGAACUUAUCUAUAUGUGCUUUCUCCCUCCUUCAGUGAAAUGCUCUCUUCUGGCUGGGCGCGGUGGCUCAUGCCUGUAAUCCCAGCACUUUGGGAGGCUGAGGUGGGCAGAUCAUCUGAGGUCGGGAGUUUGAGACCAGACUGACUAACAUGGUGGAAACCCAUCUCUACUAAAAAUACAAAAAAUUAGCCGGACGUGGUGACACAUGCCUUAAUCUCAGUUACUUGGGGGGCUGAGGCAGGAAAAUCGCUUGAACCCGGGAGGCGGAGGUUGCAGUGAACCAAGAUUAUGCCAUUGCACUCCAGCCUGGGCAACAAAAGCGAAACUCUGUGUCAAAAAAAAAAAAAAAAGCUCACUCCUACUGCAAAGAGACAGGUUCUUUCCACUCCUGUUCUCCAGGUGCAACUUCUCUUGGAGACGCCAGCAUCGCUGCUGCCCCCACCACACUCAUGCAGUGGGCUGCUCCCCCUUCACUCCCAGGGUUCCAGGAGACCAGACCCUUCCCUAAACCCUCAGUGAUUCUUUGAAAUCAACUGGAAUCAUGAACUGACUUUUACUGAGGGCUUAGGAAAAGCAGAAAGGAAUUAUACACCGAGAAGAACUUAAUACUGUUUUUUUUUUUCUUUUUUUUUUUUGAGACAGAGUUCCGCUCUUGUUACCCAGGCUGGAGUGCAAUGGCAUGAUCUCGGCCCACAGCAACCUCCGCUUCCAGGCAAUUCUCCUGCCUCAGCCUCCGGAGUAGCUGGGAUUGCAGGCACGUGCCACCAUGCCCAGCUAAUUUUUUGUAUUUUUAGUAGAGACGGGGCUUCACCAUGUUGACCAGGAUGGUCUCAAUCUCUUGACCUUGUGAUCCACCCGCCUAGGCCUCCCAAAGUGCUGGGAUUACAGGCUUGAGCCACGCGCCCGGCCAAUACUGGUUAUUAAAUAUACCUGCUCUUGACCCUGGUCCUUCUCAAGGGGUGUGUUGCAGUGGCCUCCCUGUCCAGUGACUGCUGCCCCCUAGUGGCAAAAACUAUCCUUCUCCGGCCUCAGGAUUGCUCUUGAGUAUGGGCAGGUGCUUUGCAGUCUAGGCUCUCAUCUCUUUUCUCCUCUGUCUCCCGUGACCAUUUUCUGCCCUUGGGGCUGCCUAGAUGAUUAAUAGAGAGAAUGUCUCCUACCUCCUGGGACUACCCCAUCUUUGACUCCUUUCUAGUCCAACAUAAGUAAUAGCAAAGCAUGAGUGGCUAUUGUCUCCUUACACUUCCUAUUACUAUUUACAAAUGAUAAAAGAGCUCAGGAGGAGAGCACAACUUAGCUUAAAAAAUAGGUUUGCAGGCUAGGCAUGGUGGCUUAUGCCAGAAUCUCAGUGCUUUGGGAGGCAAAGGCAGGAGGAUCACUAGAGGCUAGGAGUUCAAGAUCAGCCUGGGUAGUAUAGCAGGACACUUUAACUACAGAAAAAAUAAAAAAAGGAGCCAGAUGUGGUGGCUCUUGCCUGUAGUUCCAGCUUCUCAGGAGGCUGAGGUGGGAGGAUUGCUUGAGUGCAGGCGUUUGAGGUUGCAUUGAGCUACGAUCGCACCACUGCACUCUAGCCUUGGAAACACAGUGAGAGCCUGUCUCUGAAAAAAAGAAAAAAAAAAAAGGCUUGCCAGUGGCAGAACUGCAGGAAUCCAGGACAUGCUAAAUUUGGCAUUUGUGGUAGGGCAGGAUGUAUGCUUGCACAGACUGGCACUAGCUCCAAACAUCAGAGGGAGGUUGGGAAGAAACAAUGCCAGGUGGACCAGCUGGGCCACGUGGAAAUGAAGCUAUUGGGCAUACCAGUGGUUUUAGUGUGUAGCCAAAAGCAACAGACACUGAAUCGUGGUGGUGACGCGUGGUCCAUGAAUCACGGGAGAAACACCUCCUUUCAUUUACUCCACAGCCAUUGAUUGAGGACUUACUAUAUUCCCUGAAAGAGAACACAAAGACCAAUUGCUGUCUCACGGCUCAGAAGGCUGACUAGCAGACAUCUCAUUGCAGUACAAUAGGGUUCAGGUUCUACGGAGAAGUGACGAAGGCGACAGAAGACUCAAGCUAGGGGUCACCAUUAGCUGCUGGACGCAGCAAAGUUAAGUUCACAGAGAAGCCAUCUUUCAUUACUGAGGUGGGGAGGAGCUGUGACCCUGACCCCAGCUCUUCCAUUCAUGGACUGCUCCAGCUCUAUGGUCUCUCUGUUAACCGGCCAGACUCCAGAAGUGACCUAUGCUGGCAGCCUCAGAGCCAUUUAAUUCAACUGGUCAUUGGCAAUGGUUGUGCAAAAGAGUGGCUGGCAAAAAGGAAGGGUUUGUGUUCCCUUCAAAUCCCCAACAGGCUGUCUCAAAGAAGCCUGCAAAAUAAGCAGAGAUGGUGUCCAAACAGCUCAAGUGCAGUCCUCCUCCUUCCCGCUGGAUUGCUCCGAAGUCCCUCCUACAGGGGAAUCCUAAAAGCUCUGCUGUGAAUCAAAUCCUUUCCCCUUUGUUCUUGUCAGGCAAGUUGCAAGCUUUCACAGGUGAUCUACCAGGGAAUUUAGGAAUAAACACAUGGAAGUAAAUUCAGGAAAAGGAAGAGAAUAAAAAUGAUCAUCCAUAGAGUGGAGAAGUCAGAUAAUGCACCCUCAACCCCAGCUUCACACCUGGGACCCCUGCUUGGUCAUAUGGACCCUGGAAAUCUCUGAUACCCUGUGACCCUUGACUUAAACUGUUCUUCCCAAAUGUAGACAUGGGAGGGGCUCAGAAGGGAAGUGUCGUCUGACGUGGUUUCCUUAUUUCCCUUUAUUCAUCAAGUGCCUUCUAACUGUUAAGUCACUCUGAUCUCUGACUGCAGCUCCUACGGUUGGACACACCUGGCCAGUGCCUCAGCUAGAUCAAACCAUGUCUGAAACUGAAGGGAACAUGUGGAAUAUUACAGACCCAUCGAUGUGGCUUGAUGACUACCUUUUAAAUUUCACUGGCGAGCCACCUCUAGAAGGAGAUUACAGCCCCUGUGUGGUAGAGACUGAGACACUCAACAAGUAUGUUGUCAUCAUCACCUAUGCCCUAGUGUUCCUGCUGAGCCUGCUGGGAAAUUCCUUGGUGAUGCUGGUCAUCUUAUACAGUAGGGUCAGCCGCUCUGUCACCGAUGUCUACCUGCUGAACCUGGCCUUAGCCGACCUGCUCUUUGCCCUGACCUUGCCCAUCUGGGCUGCCUCCAAGGUGAAUGGCUGGAUUUUUGGCACACCCCUGUGCAAGGUGGUCUCACUCUUGAAGGAAGUCAACUUCUACAGUGGCAUCUUGCUACUGGCCUGCAUCAGCGUGGACCGUUACCUGGCCAUUGUCCAUGCCACACGCACACUGACCCAGAAGCGUCACUUGGUCAAGUUUGUUUGUCUGAGCUGUUGGGGACUGUCUCUGAUUCUGUCCCUGCCUUUCUUCCUUUUCCGCGAAGCCUAUCGUCCAAACAAUUCCAGUCCAGUUUGCUAUGAGGUCCUGGGAAAUGACACAGCAAAAUGGCGGAUGGUGCUGCGGAUCCUGCCCCACACCUUCGGCUUCAUUGUGCCGCUGCUGGUCAUGCUGUUCUGCUACGGAUUCACCCUGUGCACGCUGUUUAAGGCCCACAUGGGGCAGAAGCAGCGGGCCAUGCGUGUCAUCUUUGCUGUGGUCCUCAUCUUCCUGCUCUGCUGGCUGCCCUACCACCUGGUCCUGCUCACAGACACCCUCAUGAGGACCCAGAUGAUCAAGGAGACCUGUCAGCGCCGCAACGACAUCGACCGGGCCCUGGAUGCCACUGAGAUUCUGGGAUUCUUCCACAGCUGCCUCAAUCCCAUCAUCUACGCCUUCAUCGGCCAAAAUUUUCGUCAUGGAUUCCUCAAGAUCCUGGCCAUGCAUGGCCUUGUCAGCAAGGAGUUCUUGGCACGUCAUCACGUUACCUCUUACACUUCUUCCUCUGUCAAUGUCUCUUCCAACCUCUAAAAACCAUCAAUGAAGGAAUAUCUCUCCUCAUAAGGAAAGAAUAACCAAUACCCAGAGGUUGUGUGUGGAAGGUGGUCUGGCUCUGGACAGACACUAUCUGGGUUUUGGGGGGACGCUAUGGGAUGUGGGGAAGUUAGGAACUGGUGUCUUCAAGGGCCAUGCCAACCUUCUGAGGAGUUGCUGAGGUGCCUCCAAGGACCGGCCUUUGCACCUCCGUGGAAAGGAAGCACCGCCCUUCCUGCUGAAUGCUGCAUCUUUAACCCACUAACUGGCUAAUUAGCAUGGUCACAUCCGAGCCCCGAAUAUGACAUUAGAUGAGAGAACAGGGCUGAAGCUACGUCCUCAUAAGGGCUGGAAGCUCUCGUUGACCCUCUCAGGAGCAUCUCCUCAACUCUGAGUGUUAAGUGUUGACCUUCCAGGCUGGUGGCUCUGUGUGCUCUGAUCCGAGCUCAGGGAAUGGUUUUCCCAUCUUGGGUGUGCUGCAGUGUCUGCUGGAGAUACUGAGCUAGCCACUGCCAAAACAUCUACCCACCAGGUGGCCCUGUGAGGAGCUGGAAACACGUUUCCCUUGGGGGUGGUGGGUGAGCAAAGAGGAGGAGGGUGUGGAAGCCAGACUUAUGCCACAAGAAUCCCCUUUACACCCGUGACCAACAUUGCAGGCACCUGUGCCGGCCACCUGCUGAGCCCCAGGUGGAACAAGACAAGCUGCCCUUAGCCCACCCUCCGGCAGCUUCCAGGCUGGCAUGGAUCAUCAGCAUCCCCAGAAAGCCAUGCACAGUCACCAGUCCACUGGGCAGGGAGACAUUCCUAAUAAAAUUUCUGUUCCAUGCUUGUCCCCGUGGAAGUCUCUUGGGUGUGACAGGUCUAGUGUGUGCAGCGUUGCUGGCUGCUACUGCAGAAGAAUGGGGGCAGCACCUCCCAAAAAGGCGCCUCUCUGGGCUGAAGGGAGGUGUUCCCUGGGGCUUUAACUCCUGCUAGAACAGUCUGCUGAGGCACAGAAACUCCUGUUGGUGCCCAUACCCAGGCCAUGGAGGAUACCUUUGCCCACAGGUGAAAGGAAAUGCUCCUCCAGGGAUCUCAGCUUCACCCUGAGGUGAACGUCAUCUUCUGGGUUAGACCUUGCCUAGCUUCCUCAAUUAUAUGAGCUCGCCACUUGCUCCCCAAAUGCUUUCCUUGAGUUGCGGUGUUUUCCUAGGCUGUUUUCACUCCUUAGAGACAGGAUUCUGUCUGUUUGUUCACUCUAUGUCCUUGGUGCCUGGAGCCUGUUAAAUGCUCAAUAAAUAAUGAUCACAGGA